AAAAACUAUCGUGAACGUGAUGUACAAGUAGAGGUCCUUCAAUUACCCACGCCGAUUACAGUCACGACAGGAGUAAGUUGCAGAGCCGAUGGUCUUAGUAAGGCACAACGUCGCACUACACGAGAAAUUUAGAUUGCUCUGCGUCCUUCAUCUUUCGACGCAUAUUCACCUUCGUCAAGAGUCAACUACGAUUGUUUACGUUGUUUGAAGAUUUUCCCCUAUUCCUCGAGAUAAAACGAAAAAAAAUGGCUCCAAUCGACGACAGCGGGCCUUCCAACCUCUGGGAAGCGUCCGGAGAGGGGGAUCAAAAGGCGGUGAGCGUCUUUCUGCAGUCCGGUAAGUACACACCGAUCUCCAUCGACCAGAAUGGCUAUUGCCCGAUGAUGGCCUGCAUCUCGUGGGGGCAAAUCAAAUUUUUCGACUGGUUGUGCUCUGUGUUGGAAAAUACCACGAUCGCGGGCUUGGAGAAAAUGAUCGAAACCGAGGAACUGAUGCUUCGCCGACAAUCGCUCGGGGAGCAGGAUGAUCCCUAUGAUAAAAGCCAGGACAGUACCUUGUUUCAAGAGCAGGAGGAAGGAGCGGAAGCGGAAGACACUGCAGGAGCUCCUGCUAAGACCAGUAGUAUUAAUCUCGCGAGCAGCAGGACGAAAAACGCCGAGGACGAUUCUGAUUCGUACAUGCAGGACGUAGAAGUUUCCGAAUUCGCACAACAAGAUGAACUACACAAUGACGACAGUAUGAUGGUCGACGAGAGUGCGGACGGGAACGCAGCGGCAGAGCACAGCAGUUCGUCGUCCUCCGCUUCGCUUUCCAAUGACGUCGCAGCAAGCGCUGGUGGAAGCACUUCCAGGAGCGCGAAUUCAGCACACCCCUCUACUUCUGCAUCAACGGCAGCUGCACCAUCGGCAGGAAAGAACGCUAGCAACAUUGAGAACGACGGUGUAGUUCUUGCGGAAGGGUCUUUUACGGAAAAUGACGACCCGGAAAAGUACUUGGAAUACCUGAAAAAUAUUGAUGCCCACACAAUCGAGGAAUAUCGGGGCUUCGUACUCACGCUUGCGCGGCUCCGACAGCUACUCAUGAAGGAACAACAGCGGGUCAAAACGGAACAAACAGACUCAAAGUCAAAUUCUUGCGCAACUACGGAACGACCCCAAGGAAAGGCAGACGAGAACGCCAAGCAAGGAAUUAUGCUUGAUUUCAGCAAGCACAACCUCUCAAAAUCCGGGCAGUUCUCCAUCGUGGAAAUCGCGUUGCAGGCUACCGACAACGAAGGCGACACCCCGUACCACCACUUCGCGACCAGUCUGUCAGACGUGCAGCCACCGAACGCCCGUCAGAUGCUAUCCAAGAAAAAAACUGUGUUAGUGUAACUUUCUUCGGCUGACAGCAUCACAAAUUUGCUCUGCAUGACAGAGAAAACCUGUCAUGCGUGGCUUGUAAGGGAGAAUACACACGAAAAAAGGACUUCAUGGCUGUGUGGCAUGACAGGUGUAACUCUGUUGCAUGUUUUGCAUUACAGAGUUACACUUACACAGUUUUUUUCUUGCAUAGAUGCUGGUGGAAAGGUUCAAGAAGUACAACUGCAGUCCGGAAACCAAGAAUUUAGGUACGAUGCUAUUUCUCCUACUUUAAACAAUCAAUAUCAAAUUAAAAACAAGAAAGUGCUGUGACUCUGAUAGUACGUAACAAAGGCGAAAUAAGCGAACGAACCGUCUUGCAUGCCCUUCAACAAAAAAAAAUUCUCACAGAGUGCCAAACCGCCUUCGACAUGGUGCUCGAGCAUGACUUCGAAGAGGCGGAGUGGUUUUUCCAGGUCCACGGCAAGGAGGCGCCGGAUGAGCUGCCCGAGGAAGGAGGCCUGGAUGCCGGUGACGGCGGCGACUUCGGUUACGGGGACGGCUACGACGAGGAAUAGUACUUUUUAUUUCUACGCAUGCUCUGCAUUUCAUUCAACAGAGGACGCAGCUGUUGUAUUCCAAACGAGUUACAGGCUAGAAUGAGUCUGUACGCCGCUGCGCCGGCAUCAAACAUCGUUAAGAGAUCCUCAUCCUCGAACAAGCAUAGAAAUGAAUCGAAUUUCUCAUCCUUGAUUUGCUUUCGUCGAUGAGAACUCAAUUACAUUUUCCUUCAAUCGAACCGAAAAGAACAAGAAGAACCCAACGAAAUCCAAAUCGAAAUGAACAGCGAUAGUGAAGGGGAGUUUGGAGACGGCAAUGUGCAACUGGAAUAGGAGAACAUGAACAAGACAUGGAAUAAAUGCUGUUGUACUUGUAUCAGUGACGUUUUUCGUCUUCGCAGAAGAAAAAACUUCGCGUGAGGACUACACCAGUGCCACCUGCAAGUAAGUACAACUACACGCCCCCGAAAGGAUGAAAGCGACACACGGUGAUGGAAUGCUGUAAGCAGAUCUUGGAGUUGGAGAUCUGAGUGUGAGUUUGAGUGCUCACGCGCAGCAUUAUACCAGCGGCCUGUCUUGUCUACACGACAGAGGAACGCAUGCCAUAGUAGAAAAGCUCUGCAGCCAUUGUACAUGUAAAUCCGUCACGAAGUACCACAGUGCGACAUCAUUGUGCUCGCGCACGCCAUCAAGGUCAAAGGGCAAAAAGCACCUCGCGACUCAGAUGAAUGCAAAUAAUACUAGACGCAUCAAUUGAUUAAGCGCACCACGAAUAAACGAAGCUGCAUGUUGAUGAUGUAGUACGCCGCCAUCUUCACCUUCUACAAAGACUAGAAGUAGCACGGUAAGCAUUCGUGGCGUACUUGUAUCAGCGACAGAAAACGAUUGUUCCCGUGAAGUCGCUCUUUCUUUCUGUUUUUGUUAUCUGCAGCUCUUAAUGGCC